ACACUCAAAGGCACCUAAUUGAGGCCUCUCGAUUCCCGCCUAAUCCGCCCGUUCGGCCCCGUCGCCGUCCGUCAACAAUAACAACAACAACACCAACCUCGUCAUGGCCAAGGGUGCUCUCAUCAGCGCUGGUGCCGCUGCGACUGCCAUCGGCGCCACCUACAAACUCGGCGAGUUCCUCUACAAGGCCAAACGUCUAAAGGAUGUCGGUCCAGCCAACGCCGUCUACGUCCGCCUCAUCAAGCGCGUUCGCGCCGAUCUCGACGAAGUUAAGCGCCUCCUGACCGUCGAGGAGGUCAAGGAAGCCCUCGCCGCCAACCCGGGCAAAGCGAAAUGGGUCUUCGGAGCCAUGCGUGACGUCCGCGGUGCCCUGGAGAACAUUGCGCCCUACACUGAGCGUGUGUCCAGCGACGUCGACGAUGGCCGCCGCGUCGGUAUACGACACAGGGUUUACUGGCUCCUCAGCGAGAAGGAAAAGUUGGAGAACCGCGAGAAGGAGCUCAACUUCGCCCAUGCGAGCUUGAACGAGGUUAUCGGAUACCUAGGACCACUCGAGCCGAACAGCGCCGCCAAGCAGCAGGCCCAACCUGCCCGACAGCCUCAGACUCAGACCCACGAGACUCACAACACCAAGAUCGACGUCGACAUCCGCCGCGACGCGCCCGAGCGCCAUGUAGACGAGAGGAAUGUCUACAUCGAGAGGCACGAACACGGUCCCAGGAGGGUUGAGGAGCGCGAGGUCUGGGUCGAGCAUGGCCGCGACCCUCGCCGAGUCGUAGAGGAGCGCGAGACUUGGGUCGAGCACGAACACGGCCCCCGUCACCACGAUGAGCGUCAUAUCCACUACGACUCCCGCGGCCGCCCCCAGCAGUACGACGAGCGCGAGUACAUUGAACACCAUGACAGCCGCUACGAUGACCGCCCUCACGAUCCCCGUCAUGGUGGACGUGUAGACGAGCGCCAUCUCCACAUUGAGCGCGACCCUCGCGAUGACCGUCAUGUUGAGGCUCGCUUCGAGCAGCGUGGCCCCAACUACUAUGAGGAGAAGCGAUAUGAGCAGCGUGGCCGCAUGGACCCCGGACUCGGACGUCGUCCCGAGUCCUUUGAGGACCGUGUCCCAGAGCGCGACACCUGGAUGCAGAGCGAGCCACGAAGGUCCCCUUACGGUCAGUAUGCGGAAUAUGGUGCGCCCCAACCCAUCGGAGCUGCCGAGUAUCGGCGUAGGUUUGACGGCGAUCCUGGAUUCGGAGAUGAAAUUGUGCUGAAUCCCCAACCAGUGCCUCCCAUGGAUCACGGUUAUCACAGAGAGGAAUGGAUUGAGCAGCGUGAGAACUACGGUUAUGACGAAUACGGCAACAAGCUUCCCGAGCAGACUGUAGGCACGAGGUACCCCCAGUAUCCUCCUCGCAGCCGCUUCUGAUCGGGCAAGCCAAACCCUCCCCCAAAAUGACCAGGUUCCCUCUUUUCAUGUCUCUCGCGUAAUGCUGGAUCCCGACUUCAUGUAAAUGGUGGUUUGGAUCAGUCUCUGUUGAAUAGGUUCCUUUGUGUGGAUUUGCCCGUUCGAAUGUGUUGUUGUAUAUGCAAUUUGUGGCCUCCCGUUUCCGGUACGAAUAUCUAGCUGUUUGUAUGUGUUGGGCCGUAGUUUGGAACGAUGAAUAUUGGCGAUUCUUUCUUGUCUUAAUCUCCUCUUCUAUUCCGACGUGCUUAUAAUUAUCAUGUGAUCAUCCUGCGCAACUACCUGAAUAUGCGGUGUGCGAGAGGCAAUUACGUUCACCACAUGGGUAGGUAUU